UCUAGGAAAAUUACCCCUUUCGUUCAUCCUUCCUUUUUGUUCUGUCUUUAUAAACCCCAAGUGCUACUCUUUCCAAACCUCCUUUCAACCAAUUCUAUCUCCCUAGAAAAUAAGCACAAAGCCUCCAACUUCAAGCUCAUAUGGAAAUCCCAGUAGUGAAUAGAAUAAGCCACUUUCAGGUAACCGCCUUGCCCAGCCCGUCGACUUUCCCGUCGCCGCAGACUUUAUCCAUUUCCGGAAUCGAAAAGGUCUAUAGUGUCUGGACAUGGGGAGCUCUACUACUCGCCGUAAUAGCUUCCUUCGGCACCAUCAUCACUAGAAUCAAUUUUAUUAUCAUCCAACGACUCAGACACAAAUCCGCAGAUCAGCCUCUCUCCGUUGUAGAGGAAGAUGACUUCUCUGAUAUCGACGACGACGAUGAUGACGCGUAUUCAGUUUCCACGGCAUCGUCGGAUUCCGAUGAGGAAGAGGAAAAAGAAGAAGAGGACGAGAGAAGAGACGAGGAUUUUAAUGUCUUGGGAUCUGACAAGGGACAGAACCGUAGUUUGAGACUCCGCCGUGGCAGAAGCUUCGCAGCUUUAAACUUAAACCGGUUCUCUUGGUCUGAUUUCGCCAGCGGCAAGAGCGUCGUGAAGCUCUGGGACAACUUGGCUUUAGGCUUGGACCUCGAUGACGACAGCAAUGACGAAUACUCCGGCAGCGGUAGAGCUGUCUCCGUCUACGACAUGAACAAACAGAAAAAGAUAAACUCCUUCGCCGGAAGCUUCCAGGUCCCGGCUGCUGCCACGUCGUCCUGCUCAACUAUUCUCACGGCGGACACGAGCUCCUCCGGUCGCGUAGCAUUGGGGAUGUGGGACACGCGCGUGAGCAGCAGGAUUCCGGCGAUGCUGGCCGAGUGGAGCCCGCGGAUCGGGAGAAUUGUCGGAGUCUCCUCUGGCGGCGUCGAUAAAGUUUACGUCAAGGACGACGUUACGGGUGGGCUGAUGGUCGGUGACGUGAGGAAGGUGGGAGCUCCGUUACGGAACGUAACGGACGCGGACGUGACCGAUAGGUGGUGGGACGCCGACGCGGUUAUGGUCUCGGACGAGUGUUUUGAUGAGUUGGCCGCCGCGAAUGGUUGCGACUCGGCCGUGACUCGGUGCUGUAGUGCUGUUAAGUCUUAUCUUUUAUGAGAUGGAACUUGUAACAGAUAUGGAAUUAUGUAAGGCUAUUAAUUUGUA